CCGUGCUCGAUGCUGUUUCCGCACCAAGAGAGACUCUACCCCCGAAUCAAUCGCCGGUUAGGCACGCCGCCGAAGUGAGCAAUGCUCCACUGCCAUGAGACGGUCGAGGGGCUUCAGAUUGAUUCCUCGUGCACUGGCCGAACACCUUCGGGUCGGGAGCCAACCUAGCCGACAUUGGUGGAGUUUCCGGCCGCGCGACGCCCACGAGGUAUCAUGGAUUUGAUCACCUUAGAAGGUCCUCUUCCAUUCCUUCCAACUGAUGGUGCAGAUGCCCACUUCCAAAGUUUGUGUCAACCUUUUGAACAACAAAGACAACAAGAAGUCUUGUUUACAUCCCCUUCUACAUCAGCUUUGCUUCCAACUUCAUCCUAUUCUAUCGAUCAAUCUCUCUUGGUUGAUAUGACAAUUUCCGUAGCAUCAUUGAUGCAGACAUAUCAAGAAGAAAUGAACUGGUAUCUCCAAUUACAGAAUGAGAGGCUAGUGGAGUCACUUUUUGAGCAGAGAAAGCGGCAUGUGGAUUCUCUUUUGAAUAAUUUGCAAGCAAAGGCCGCCGUGCUACUUAAGGUGAAAGAAGAUAACCUCUCCAUUGCGAUCAUGAGACACCAAGAAUUAUGUGAGCGGCUAAAGAAGACUGAGGAGUCAAAAGAGUUAUGGGAAAGUAUUGCAAGGCAAAACGCCGCCCAGGUUUCAUCUCUUCGAAGGGUGCUUGAACAGAUACAACAACCUCAGUUCUCCUCUACGAACCCAGACACAGCAGUUGGCAUCAAUUCCACCUCACCAAUGGAAAUCAGAAAAGAAUUGAAGCCAGCAAAGGAUGGGGAUGACAAGGUCAUUAUCCAGUGCAGGUGUUGUGGUGCUCACAAUGCAUGCCAACUCCUCCUCCCUUGUCGUCAUCUUUGUACAUGCAAGCAAUGUACAGACAUCCUAGCUUCAUGCCCUGUUUGCAGCUCUAAGAUAAGAGGUAACGUGAAGGUCCUGUUUUGAUGUUGCAUCACUGACGCAUGAAUAAACGAUGCCAAAUCUCAUGGUUAAAGGUAGUGUCCUUGGUCUUUUGCAGUACGUUUAAGGUUCUUGAGUUUUUCUUCCAUACUGAAGUCGUGGUUUCCUGUACUUUGUCAUCAUCUUUUGGUAACUGAGCAUCUAAUAUAGCAUUACUGAAGUUGUUAUA